AUGUCACACCAAGGGCCCAGGCUGGAUGGUCUCAACCUGAUCGAGGAAGCGCAAAUCGAAGGGGCCAUCCGGGAAGUCAGGCGCAUCGCUGACACAAAUCCUUCUGCUCCAGAAUCAUGGGAACAACGUCUACACAUUGCGCGUACGGCCAUCGCCACGCUGGACGCGACGGGGUUCGUGCAGAUGCCUAACAGAAAUACCGACCGUACAUUCGUCAUCGCGACGUUACAAAGUCUGGCUUAUCAUGAUGCGGAAGGUGUUGGUGUCACCGAUAUCGCGGAGUGGUGCAUGAACCAGUGGUUGUUGCUACUCCAGAGAAACACCGAAGAUCUCUCUGCGCUCAGGGGGCUGGGUCAGGCGUGGCUAGCUCGAUCUCAAAGCGUCCUCGCACGAAUCCACCGCACCGAAGGCAGCUCCUCCAGUGGCAGCAGCGGUCGACCUCAGAGUCUAAGCGAGAGACUGUCGUAUUCGACGGCCGAGGAGUCUAGGGAUGCAGAACGAGCAACUGCCGAAGCCGACGCCAGAGCACACACGGCCGAUUAUGUGGAAGCACGCGGGAUGCUGAUUCCGGCGGUCGACUAUUUCUCUAGGGCUGUAAACGUGGCCGAAAGAGAUGGGGAACCCACCGGAGAACUACUCUCAGAGGUCAGGACGAUUUCCUCCUUGGUCCAUAUAUCCACUUGCCCUCCACAUCUCAACUUGAACCUGAACGGCACAAAGCUAACCAUGACUUCACCAUAUACAGGCGGCUGA